CAAAUUCCAUCUCACGUAGGAAGCAGCACCUCCUCACGUUUCUCCCUUCCACCACGACGCAUAACGGGUCCGCAUCAACAGGCAGAAUAAGGGAGAGCUUUAUUCCUCUUCGGUUGGAUUAUAACGGUAUUGACACAUGCUACGGUAAUCCACUUUUAUAAUAAUAGCGCGUUUUCUAGCGUUUUAUCGUUUUGAACGAGUUGGUUCCCAUUGUAUCUGAAAUGAACCUUCUUUCUAUGGUUGUCCAAGUUUAUCUUGAUGCAACAUAGUGAAUUGACGCCCAAGAGGAAUCAAGUUAUUUAACGAUUUUCGACACAAAGCAGAAUAUUUGAUUACGGACAUGUAAGCAUUUCACCGUAAGGUCUACCUACACCUGUUAUAUUCGGCGCAUGUGACAAAUGGAUUUGAUUUGAUAUGAGGAACAAGCGAAGAGAGGGAGAAUCGAACAGCCUGCUACUUUCCCCAGCGGAAAUGAGCUCAGUCGGGGGUUUUUCCAUCUUUUAGAACAUGACGGGUUUCAGCCACUACUUGCUGCCGGUGGAACCCUGAAGGUUCUCAUUCCACAACCAAAAUCUUUAGAUUCGGAUGGAAUGUCAAAGUAACUCAAAUGGACUACAACUACACGGACCGCAGCAACGCGCAACAUAAUCAUCAUCACCACUGCGAAGGAGGCAUGGAAGGUGGCUUGGGAACACCCACGUCAUCAGCUGGUAGCUCCACCUGCAAGAGGCUCCAACAGCACCGGCGCCCAGAGUACCUGAGGACAGAGUUACACAGGCUACAGAGCACCCUGGCUAGGGAGGAGGGAAGGACAGCCUGCCUGACCAACGGAGCAUCUGGAUGUCAUGGGAUGAACAGGCAGAACGGUCACAGUGAUGUCAUAAAGACGAGCAACACCCUGAGACUACAUGUACCACCAGCUGGCUCAUGUGUCUCAGUCAGCCAGCAGCUCUCUCCUCUGGAGACAUCCAGCUCAGAAGCAUACAAACCAUCCCUAAGUUACCAAAACAACCAUUUAAUUUCCUCCUCUCCCACUCCCCCUCAGAGUGACUUCAGGUUGACCCCAGGGUCAAUCCCCCUACAGCCCUGCCUCUUGAGCCCUAACCCCAGGUCUAGUUCUGCUGCCUCUGCAACUCAGUUCUGCCCUCCUAACUCCAGGACCUGUCUCUCUGGUUCCACUGGCUCCAGGUCACCCCAGUCCCCCCGGCCAACCUGCCACUCCAGGCCACCUCCUUCAGGGGACACUCCCUUCAGCUCCUCUUUCAGCUUCAUCCAACAGUCACUGAGCCUUGAUUCACUGAGCUCCAAUCACAGGACAGAAACAGACACCGCAGCUGGUGAGAGGCCCCCUGGCCUAAACCCAGACCCACAACCACUGAACAGGCCCCCUGGCCUAAACCCAGACCCACAACCACUGAACAGCUCCCCUGGCCUAAACCCAGACCCACAACCACUGAACAGCUCCCUUGACCUAAACCCAGACCCACAACCACUGAACAGCUCCCUUGACCUAAACCCAGACCCACAACCACUGAACAGCUCCACUAGUCUAGACCCAGACCCGCUGGAUCAGUCCUCAGCUAGGUCAUUAAGAACUGGAUCAGUCCCAUCCCACUCAGAACCACUGGAGUGGUCUGGGUCUGUCCCACUCUGCCAACCUGUAUCAGCCCCCCUUGACCAAUUACCAUCCAGGACAUCUGGCUCCAGCUCCAACCAAUCACGACUAGGAGUUUUGGGUCUCUCUUUGGGGCUUUCUGUUUCAAAACUGUCAACUCCGAGUCGUGUCCAAUCAGAGCCAGGCUCCGUCCCUCUCAGCCAGUCAGACGGAGUACGGGACCGGCUCUCACCUUGGGUGUGGCAGGACCGCCACUGGGAAGGCCGGGAGGGGGCGGGACCACAUCUGCGGGCGGAGUUACCCUCCUCUGACCUGGCGGAGGUGGAGCCUGACUGUGACUCCUCCUCUCUGGACACAGAAGCCUCCUCCUCCAUGUCAGUAGCGGAGGACUCUGACGCUGCCACUCCCUCCUCCCUCACCUCAGGGUACGAGAGUACCACGCCCACUACCGCCUCUGCCUCCUCCCUCACCUCAGGGUAUGAGAGUGCCACGCCCACUACCGCCUCUGCCUCCUCCCUCACCUCAGGGUACGAGAGUGCCACGCCCACUACCGCCUCUGCCUCCUCCCUCACCUCAGGGUAUGAGAGUGCCACGCCCACUACCGCCUCUGCCUCCUCCCUCACCUCAGGGUACGAGAGUGCCACGCCCACUACCGCCUCUGCCUCCUCCCUCACCUCAGGGUACGAGAGUGCCACGCCCACUACCGCCUCUGCCUCCUCCCUCACCUCAGGGUACGAGAGUGCCACGCCCACUACCGCCUCUGCCUGGAAUGACUGCGUUCCAGACCAGGACCAGGGCUGGGACCAACUGGUCAAGAAGUACGAAGGUGUCCUUCAAGAUUGCCUGCACAACAACCGUACUAAUACUAAGAUUGAGUCCAUGAUGGGGAAGCUGCAGAGACUAAAGCAGAAGGCUAUCCUGGAGGAUGAGUAUGACUCAGCUGAGCGCUUUGGUAAGAAGCUGGAGGAGCUGUGUAGAGAGAGGAGCUCACUGAGGCUGGGUCUCCCCUCCAGACAGCCCAGUGUGGCUCUGUUCCUCCAGAGACUCAGAGAGGCAGUACACAGCGCCCUCGCCAGGAUGGAGGAUCAUAGGGAAGAGGUGGAGAGGGAUGGAGGGGAAGUGACUGAAGCCGUCCAGGGUCCACUGCAAAGGAGAGAGUGUUUGCUGCAGGAGAAACGCAUGGUGGAGGCGGAGAUGGCAGAGCUGCAGUGGAGGCUCGGAGAGCUGCAGUCUCGGAGUUGCAGCCUGGAACAGCAGAUCCAGCAGGAAGAGGAGGAGCUACAGACUGAGGAGGUUGAAGGACCCGCCCUGCGCAGCUGCAGCCACAUCCAGCUCAGAGACAUGGGCAAUGCCCUCAAUGACCUGGUAACAUCACAGAGCAGGACCAGGAUUUGUGUCUCUCCCCCUGAAGCCAUACUCAGACUCCAGGAUCAGGAGCAAUCACUGAGUCUGUCCAUUAAAGAUGCUACGGCUAAAGUAGUGAUGAGUCAGAGGUUGGGAGGAAGUCUGAGAAGGAAAGUCAGUGAGACAGAGACUCAACUCCUGGCUCUCCACGAAGCCAAGCUAGCCGCCAUCUCAGGUAAUGCCUUCAGCAGUGCUAAGGAGCUGAAGGCAGAGAUGAGAGCUGUCUAUGGAGAAAGAGACAGGCUGGAGCUGCUAGUGAAGAGACUCCACAGCCUAAGUUUUGGUAACAGCCAGGAUCUGGCCAAGAUGAAGACACAACAACAACAGCUGAAACUGGAGCUGGAGGCCAGACAGGCCCAGCAUGAACUGACUUUGAAAGAGAAUGUUGUCAAGUACAUCGAGUUACUGGAAGACAGACUGCACAGUUGUGGCUGUCCCCCUCUGCAGCAUAUCUGGGAGGCUGAUCUAGAAGCCUGUCACCUCCUCCUCCGAGGCAUCCAGCUGCGUACCCCCUUCUGUGGUGGUGCAGACCCUGCCACAGUGGUACUACCCAACCCCCAACCAGCCACUAAACAAGAAGCAGAUCUGCAGGAAUGUGCCAUGUUGACAGCUCUGGGGGGGCGCUGGUGCCCCGAGGCCAACCUACAGAACUCAGAGUUCACCAAGAAAUUGGAAGAGUUUUUAUUCUGCAUGGAGGAUGUUCACCCAGAGGAGGACAGUGGCAGUGAAGCAGCAGGGCUAACAGCAGACCUGACUAUAGAGCUGACCGACCAGUGUGAGGAGAUCAGUGAUAGGCUGUUGAUUCUGGAGGAUGACCUCCAGACAGCCAUACAGAACAAAGACCAGGAUCUCACUCAGUCCCUGGAGCAGGAGGUGAGGGAGGUGAAGGCUACUCUACACACCAUGCUGACACAGCUUAAUGAUGAGAAGGCGGAGGAGGAGAAAGAUAAUGAGAUCAUGGAGGAAGAGGAGGAGGAAGACCAGUAUUUCAGUGACAGCUGGGAGAUUUGAUACGGGGGUCUCGGGGUUCUCCUGUGUUUUAUGACCACUCCAUCCCAGAGAGACCCUUUCUGGUGGCUGUCCUCUGACAAACUGCUGACCUCUAACCCAUGAACCUGCAAGACUCUGUGAGAGGUUGACAUCAGCAAUCAUAUUAAUUUACUGUAGCUCCAUCUCCUGUACAAUUAGACUCUGUUGUGUUGCUGGACAAUUCCAGAGAGAUUGGACUAUAAACCACUAUCAGUUUUUAUAUAUUAUGGGAAGACACUUUGAUACAAAUCUAGUCAUUUCUAAAUAUGUUUAAGUUAGCAGUUAUGUCCAAGUUUGAUUUGGGAGAAAAACAUUGGAUUUUUAUAUAUAUAAAAAUCUUCUAAAUAUUUUGGACUGUUCUAGUUAGUUUAACCAGGCUGAAACACAGCAGUGCCUUAGGCAGAUAACAGACUUAACAAAAGGUUGUUACUGCUAGAAGACAUGGAUACGCUGGUUUCCUCUCAACAUUUUAUCGGAAUCAGAACAGACUGAACAGCUUUUAAUAGUAAUAAUGUUGAUGUAUAUGGGGUCACUCCAAUAUGACCUCAGCUCCAGCUGUAAUAUGUGACAGUAGCGAAGAACAAAAUGGACCAACCGCAGAGAAGGACCAACAGGAGAGAAGAACCAAAUGGAGAGAUGGACCAACAGGAGAGAAGGACCAACAGGAGAGAAGGACCAACAGGAGAGAAGGACCAACAGGAGAGAUGGACCAACAGGAGAGAUGGACCAACAGGAGAGAUGGACCAACAGGAGAGAUGGACCAACAGGAGAGAUGGACCAACAGGAGAGAUGGACCAACAGGAGAGAUGGACCAACAGGAGAGAUGGACCAACAGGAGAGAUGGACCAAAUGGACCAACAGGAGAAAUGGACCAACAGGAGAGAUGGACCAACAGGAGAGAUGGACCAACAGGAGAGAUGGACCAACAGGAGAGAUGGACCAACAGGAGAGAUGGACCAACAGGAGAGAUGGACCAACAGGAGAGAUGGACCAACAGGAGAGAUGGACCAACAGGAGAGAUGGACCAACAGGAGAGAAGGACCAACAGGAGAGAAGGACCAACAGGAGAGAUGGACCAACAGGAGAGAUGGACCAACAGGAGAGAUGGACCAACAGGAGAGAUGGACCAACAGGAGAGAUGGACCAACAGGAGAGAUGGACCAAAUGGACCAACAGGAGAGAUGGACCAAAUGGACCAACAGGAGAGAUGGACCAAAUGGACCAACAGGAGAGAUGGACCAAAUGGACCAACAGGAGAGAUGGACCAAAUGGACCAACAGGAGAGAUGGACCAAAUGGACCAACAGGAGAGAAGGACCAAAUGGACCAACAGGAGAGAAGGACCAAAUGGACCAACAGGAGAGAAGAACCAACAGGAGAGAAGGACCAAAUGGACCAACAGGAGAGAAGGACCAAAUGAACCAACAGGAGAGAUGGACCAACAGGAGAGAAGGACCAAAUGAACCAACAGGAGAGAUGGACCAAAUGGACCAACAGGAGAGAAGGACCAAAUGAACCAACAGGAGAGAUGGACCAAAUGGACCAACAGGAGAGAAGGACCAAAUGAACCAACAGGAGAGAUGGACCAAAUGGACCAACAGGAGAGAUGGACCAAAUGGACCAACAGGAGAGAUGGACCAAAUGGACCAACAGGAGAGAUGGACCAAAUGGACCAACAGGAGAGAUGGACCAAAUGGACCAACAGGAGAGAUGGACCAAAUGGACCAACAGGAGAGAUGGACCAAAUGGACCAACAGGAGAGAUGGACCAAAUGGACCAACAGGAGAGAUGGACCAAAUGGACCAACAGGAGAAUCCCACAGUGUUUCUGUGUUUUCUGUUUUCUGCAACAGUCUUCUAAAAUAUGCUAAAUGCUAACCACAGUAUUGUGUGUGUGUGAUGCUAACCACAGUAGUGUGUGUGAUGCUAAAUGCUAACCAAAGUAGUGUGUGUGUGAUGCUAAUUGUUUAUAACUCAUUAUGAUUGCCUUAUUGUUUUUUUUUGUAAUUUUUCUUUUCAUUUUUACUCCCUUUUUAUUCCCCAUUAUUAUAAUCUUGUCUCAUCGCUGCUACUCCCCAACGGGCUCGGGAGAGGUGAAAGUCAAGUCAUGCGUCCUCCGAAACAUGACCCACCAAGCCGCGCUUCUUAACACCCGCUCGCUUAACCUGGAAACCAGCUGCACCAAUGUGUCGUAGGGAACACAGUUCAACUGAAGUCAGCCUACAGGCAUCUGGCCCUCCACAAGGAGUCACUAGAGUGCAAUGAGAAAAGUAAAGCCCCCCCGGCCAAACAUUUCCCUAAGCUGUGCAACGCUGGGCCAAUUGUGCGCCGCCCUAUGGGACUAUGGGAUCGAACCCCAGGCUGUAGUGACAUUGCAACACUGUGAUGCAGUAUCUUAGACCGCUGCGCCACUCGGGAGGCCAGAAUUUAGUGUUUUAGUCGAUGAUAUCAGUGUAGUGCCACAGAGGAGAGGUGAAGCUAAAUUGAUACUUUGUCUAUGUCUUCAGUUGAGGAACUGGGCAUGUGGUAAGAUCCAAAGAAAUAUCAUGAAUAGUUCAAGUUAAUGAGUGCAUAAUGGGUGGACUGGCGACCAUUACGAAUGUACCCAUAGGACCAAAGGAGGAAAUAAAAUAUCUUCUAUGAUUUGUUGAUUCAACUCAACUGACAUUUCAAUUGCAUGAGCCACAUCAGGUAACAUAAUUUGAAUGAACAUUCUACAUAUUCUACAUUACCAUGGAAAUGAUUGCAUCACAAUAGCAGGCAGCCAUGAGUUUCCCAGUCAAAUUGGUUCCAAGCCCUUAUCAGAAUGAUAAGGUAUCUAUGGUAUCUAUUUCUAUGGUAGGAUCUCUAUCUCUACUGUUUAGGAUGAAGGGUUUGGAGGAACGGCCCACACUAUACUUAAAAUGUUGAUGAGCACAGAAAAGUUUUUAGUAACUGCUGUUUGUCCACACUUGUCUUUAAAAAAGCACUUUGUUGUUUAUUUGUUAUAUUUGUUGCUUUUGACAGGAAAUGUGUUGCUUUUGACAGGAAAUGUGUUGCUUUUGACUGGAAAUGUGUUGCUUUUGUUUAAUGAAGGAUUGUUCAGACA